AUGCUCCACUACAACAUUGCGGGCGUGGGAGACGUGCAGUUCAUCACGAGCGGAUCCACGGUCCAGCUGUGCCUGCACGGCGUCUCGUCGUGGCAGUUUGGCUCCGACACGGGCUUCGAGCACAACUUCCGCUGCGACCUGCCCGCGCCCCAGAUCUGCAACUCGGACGCCGAGGUCGAGUGCCAGAAGGGCAAGUUCAAGUGCAUCUUCCCGCCCAAGCCGCCCGCGCAGGCCUGCUACGUCGGUAGCGGCGUGACGCCGGCCCAGGUGGCUAGCCUGAACAAGCUGUUUUCCUUGCAGUCCAGGCAGGGUGCCAAUGUCGUCGCCAAGCGCGGAGAUGCCUCCGUCUUCCACCGCUUUGGCCCAUUCACGUCCAGCUGGUCGGCUCGCACCCGAGCGCCCUGA